CGAGUGGUGCGGGGGUAUCGUGAACCUGCGCAGCAGAGCACAACAGGAGGACAGCACUCGCAGCAUAUGACGUGUGAUAUCAUCUGUGUUGUGACGAUGACACCAUGAUUUGAUUUUGCUGCGACAGUACCGAAGUAUAAAGCCCACAUCACCUUUACCAAGCAACCCGGACGAUUUCUUCCCAAAUGACUUGAGGCUGACUUGAGGCUGACUGUGUAUUGAUGUUGGAGUUUUCCUGUUUGAAUUAAAAGUUACUGUUGAAAGGAAGAUUAACCACCAAGCAAUGGCGGUGAGGAACUAUGACAGUGACCGAGACAGCAUCCCUUUGCCCCCUGGAAUGGAUCCAGCCUGGUUGGCAAAAGAAGGAGUCAAUGUACUACUAAACGGGGGUGUCAAAAAUGCUGAGGAGCUUUUCAGAAAAUUCAGGUCAUCUAGCCCCUUACUUGCUGGUGGUGCGAGUCUCGUUGAUUUCAUUACCGCAGCAAUGACCUUUGAAGACGAGAAAAUGGAGUUGGCAAUGAGCAGUAUGAAGAAAACUCAAAAAAUGUGCGAUGUAGAUAGCUUGUAUGAAGGUGUUAUAAACAAGCGACCAUCAGAUAAAUGGAAGACCGAGGAAAGAAUACAACGCAUGAUAAUUUGGGCAGACUGCGAGCUGUUCAUGGCAUUUUUAAUGUUUUUGAAACAAAGUGUUGUCGACUUUGUAAAGGCAGGCUUCCAUAUGCGUAGAGCUUGGAAAAUGUACGAAAAGUGUAACAAUGAGCUGAGCUUAUCCAAUGGGGAAGCUUUUACGAAUGGAACUAAAGGGUCUAACAAGGGGACGCCAAAAAAGAAACUUGGUGACCGAAAAGCGUCCCCAGAGCCAUUGUCUUCAGAGUCAAAAGCCACCUUGAGGUCGUCUUUGUCCUUUGGUUAUGGGCUGAUCCAGGUUGCCAUUUCAAUAGUUCCAGCUGGUCUUCUUAAAGUCUGCGAGCUUUUAGGCUUUACUGCAGAUCGCUAUGUAGGCUUAGAAGCCUUAGAAAUUUGUAGCAAAUCAGAAGAUAUGAAGGCGCCAAUAGCUAGGUUAACUUUACUGUGGUAUCACACUGUGGUUAGGCCGUUUUGUGCUCUGGAUGGAAACAAUCUCGAAGCAGGUUUAUUAGAAGCUUCAAACAUUCUUCAAGAAACAGAGGUUGCAUACCCAAACUCAGGAAUAUUUCUAUAUUUCAAAGCAUUGAUUCAUCGAUUGAAGGGAGAGCUUGACGACGCCCUAGAGGUUCUAGAAAGGGCCAUGCUGACGACCACAGAUCAAAGAGAGGUUGCUUUGCUGUGCUAUUAUGACAAGGGCUGGUGUUAUAUGAUGAAAUUAGAGUGGGAGAAGGCGAUCCCGUGCUUUUCGAGGCUCAGAGGGGAUUCCAAAUGGUCUGAAGCCUACUAUACAUACUUGCUGGCGGUUACGGAAGGCGCUUUGGGACGUACAACAAGUGCAUACGAUUAUUUGCGAUCGGUUCCAAAGUUGAUAAUCAGAAAAACUCAGCUUGAAAAUUUCUUAGCAAGAAAGGCCAAUCUCUUCAAGAAAGUUGAGCCUACAAAGGAGGAAUACACAAUCUUAUGCCUAGAGCUGUUAUACUUAUGGAACGCUUUAUCGCAAUGUGGAGAAAGUUCCUUACGCAGAAUGCUAAUUGCCUUGGAAAACUGUAGAUCACCCUCGAUGCAGCCGUUAAAGAUCCUCAUCAUGGGUGUUGUUUACGCCACCCUGAAUGACAGAGCAACAGCAAUGCAGUACUUGCAUGUUGCAUCUGCAAAGAAUGAAGGCAAACCCAUGGACCCCCAUGUUGUACCGUUCUCAUUGUAUGAACUUGCAGUUUUGCAGCUAGAAAAUCCACAGGAAGCUGAAAAAGGAAAAUCACUGCUCAUCAAAGUCAAGGAACAAUACAAAGACUACGAUUUCGAAAACCGUUUGAAUUUCAGAAUUCAUGCAGCCUUGAACUCAUUGAAGCCAAAAUAAUCUUUUUGGUUUUGUAUUUUUAAAAGUAGGUUAGGUUGUGAAAGCUACAACCUAUUUGAUCACAGGAAUUUAGGAGAUUGGAAAAGAAAUUAUUUAGGGGACAUAUAAUUAUUAAUCGUAUGGCUAGAUCCUUUUGCAAUAAUGUAAUCGCUAAUUUGAGUCUUAUUUUAUUUUGGAGUCUUAUUUUUUAAUCAAUAGCUUGUUUGAUUUUCUAAUGAUUAAUAUAGAAAAUAUAUGUCAGGUAAGUCGGCUGUGUAUAGACCUAAUUGAUUGCGAGAGUAUUUGUUUGGAGAAUUUGUAUUACUUCAAUUAAAUUUACUUGAUCUUUCGGUUGGUCAAGUCUAUAUAUAUAUAUGUAACUAAAUAGUUAGGAAGCUGGGAUGGGUACGAAAUGGCGCUUAAUCAGUGGUCUAAGACAUUUUAUUUGUCUGAAACUUCUAGGUAAACUAGCCAUUGCGUCUGUAGCGUUUUUCAUGGUAAUUUGAUUGAGCCAACCUAUUGUGUAAACUCCAUAUAACGGACACUUACAAUACCAAAGUCCUCGUCUGUUUAAGGAACAUGUCCGGGAGCUGUUUUAUGAAAUUUCAUUGUAUUAUCUGUUGAUAAUAUUUUCCCACUCUAAACAUUCAUGUCUGCUGACUCAAAUCUUCUCAAUAAUUUUUUUAAAUUUUGUUUGAGGUACGUAGGUUUUGUUUGAUAAGUACAUGACCAAGCUUGAGUGCUCUUUUCGUUUGAUGCAAAAUUCAAAGUUGUUCCAAACUUUUUAUAACCGACCGCGCAUCUGAUACUUUGGUAGCUGAAUGUCUACCAUUUUGUCAAUAGCGGCAAAGUGAGGUGAAUUGUUAACAAACAGGAUAAUAUUCCAACUGACAUUGUUGCGAUAACAAAGGAUAAAAAACAUUUAGAGAUUAGUGAGGUUUCCCCCGAAAACAUAACGUUCCUCGUAUAGAGUGCAAUUUUUAUGUCGAAAAUUAAAGGUACGGUCUCUUAAGGCAGCUGAGCUGGCAGUUUGAGCUGAAAUUAGUCGCGUAAGACAUCAAGUGACGUCAUUGAAAAAUACAGAAUACACUGGAAAUACUUGUAACUAUUUAUCUUUAUAUUAUGCCUCUCAAGCUAUCCUUGUAUAUCAGAUAUUACUUUUAUUGCGUUAAGUAUUGCUAAAUUUUUUCCUUUAAGUUAUCUUCCGUUCGCAGUCUGUUGUUAAAAAUUGAUUUAGUUGUUAGAAAGUAAUUUAUAGAUAUCUGACUUGGGCGGUAAACCUAAAUAGGCAAUAUAAUUGUAUUCUGUGGGAAAAAUAUAAGUUAAACUUACAGAAUGUUAUGAAAUUGUUUUUGUCUUAAUGUUUUAAAUUAGAGCCUGGAUUGCCAUUAGAUGUGUUUUACGUUAUUUAGUUAUUUUAUCAUGUUUAAAUUGAAGCAGUACCAUUGAUUCUGUGAGUAAUAAAUACUUAACUAACGAAUAGUAAACAAAAUGGAAAUCUUGAAACGACCACCUUUCGAGACAGUAUAGUGAAAUUUCCUUGUUUUUCAUUCGAAUUCAGCAAACUACAAAAGUCGCUUUGAAAUUAGUGAAGAGUAAAUAUUUCCCCUUCUUUUUUACUCUAUUUGCCUUACCAUUAUUUACACUCUUCGAGUGCCCAUUCAUUACACUCUUCCUGCACCCAUUCGGCACAUCCUCCGUGUGCCCCAACCCUGUAUCCUACCGAUUUUCCUUACAUAACAGACUUGCAUCGGUCCCCUACUCUUCCCUUACCCUACCUUUCUCUUUCCCUGCUUCAGGCCUUCUAAUUUCCAUAUCAGCAAACCAAUACUUAACUUACACUACCAAUUUGAUUCAAUCUACCCAACAGAAUCAAUACUGCGCAAAUAUUUAUACGGUUCAGUUUCAACUGUUAGUUAUAAGCUAUUUAUUGUAAAUCUGCUAAAAAUAUCGUUUUAUUAUGUGGAUAGGAGCUGUGUUCAUAAGGACAACUUCACGUGAUGCUAC